AUGCCAUCAAACCGCCUCGAGGGCAAAGUCGCCGUCAUCACCGGCGCCGCAUCCGGCUUUGGUAAAGGCAUCGCCACCAAAUUCGCCCAAGAAGGAGCAAAAGUCAUUGUCGCAGACCUCUCACAAGAGGCCGGCCAGCAAGCUGCCUCUGAGCUCAACGGCAUCUUCAUACGUACCGACGUCACUAAGAGGAGCGACUGGGAAGCUAUACUUGCUCUAGCUCUCAAGGAGUACGGACAAUUGGAUAUUGUUGUCAAUAAUGCUGGAGCUUCGUACUCCAACAAGGCGACAGAGGGCGUGAUAGAACAGGAGUUUGACAUGGUGAUGAAUGUCAAUGUCAAGUCAAUCUACUUUUCGACAAACAUCCUUGUGCCGUACUUUCUCAAGGAGAAUCGCCCUGGCAGCUUUAUUCAGAUUGCUUCAACGGCUGGCAUUCGACCCCGAGGAGGCUUGGCAUGGUACAGCGCCUCCAAGGGAGCUGCUAUCACGGCUACCAAGGCGUUGGCCUCUGAAUACGGCCCCAAGCAGAUUCGGUUCAACGCGGUUUCCCCAGUGGUUGGCAUCACGGGAAUGACCAACCUCUUCCUAGGAUCAACAGAUAUCUCGACCUUUGUGUCUACGGUCCCGCUUGGUCGGCCAUCGACGCCGGCUGAUAUUGCCAAUGCCUGUUGUUAUCUCGCUAGCGACGAGGCAUCAUUCAUUACAGGAGUGAAUCUUGAGGUGGAUGGUGGAAGAUGCGUGUGA